AUGGUUUCAACAAACGAAAUCAUUCAUAAUGAUUAUUACUGCAAACUCGGUUGUGCUACUUAUCACUGUGUUUCCCUUUCUUUCACCCAAAAUCUGAAUGUAUACAAAGUUCCGGACUGUGUGGAUUCAUGCUCGGGCAAGUGCUCCGCCAAGAGUUAA